UCUGAAUUAGGACAUUUGUUGUGUCUGCCCUGGAUCCCGUUUGUGUCAGUGUAGGGCGAGGGUUUUCUUACUGCUCACGGGACAUUUAUUGACCAUCAGCUAUUGUGCCCAGGCACAUGGGUAGAGAGAACCUAAAAGCAGAUCCAGAAGAGCUUUUUACAAAGCUGGAGAAAAUUGGAAAGGGCUCUUUUGGUGAGGUGUUCAAAGGCAUUGACAAUCGGACUCAGAAAGUGGUUGCCAUAAAAAUCAUUGAUCUGGAAGAAGCUGAAGAUGAGAUAGAGGACAUUCAGCAGGAAAUCACAGUGCUGAGUCAGUGUGACAGUCCAUACGUAACCAAAUAUUAUGGAUCCUAUCUGAAGGAUACUAAAUUGUGGAUAAUAAUGGAGUACCUUGGCGGAGGCUCUGCACUAGAUCUUUUAGAACCUGGCUCUUUAGAUGAAACUCAGAUUGCUACUAUAUUAAGAGAAAUACUGAAAGGACUUGACUAUUUGCAUUCAGAGAAGAAAAUUCAUAGAGACAUUAAAGCUGCCAAUGUUCUUCUCUCUGAGCAUGGAGAGGUGAAGCUGGCUGAUUUUGGAGUGGCAGGCCAGCUGACAGAUACCCAGAUAAAAAGAAAUACCUUCGUGGGCACCCCUUUCUGGAUGGCACCCGAAGUCAUUAAACAGUCGGCCUACGACUCCAAGGCAGACAUCUGGUCCCUGGGCAUAACCGCUAUAGAGCUUGCAAAAGGGGAACCACCUCAUUCUGAGCUGCACCCCAUGAAGGUUUUAUUCCUCAUUCCAAAGAACAACCCCCCGACGCUGGAAGGAAACUACAGCAAACCCCUCAAGGAGUUUGUCGAGGCCUGUUUGAACAAGGAGCCGAGCUUUAGACCCACUGCUAAGGAGUUACUGAAGCACAAGUUUAUAAUUCGCAACGCAAAGAAAACGUCGUACCUGACGGAGCUCAUCGACAGGUACAAGAGGUGGAAGGCUGAGCAGAGCCACGAGGACUCCAGCUCGGAAGACUCGGACACGGAAACGGACACGGAUGGCCAGGCAUCUGGAGGCAGCGACUCUGGGGACUGGAUCUUCACGAUCCGAGAGAAAGAUCCGAAGAAUCUCGAGAAUGGAGCUCUUCAGCCAUCGGAUUUAGAAAGAAAUAAGAUGAAAGACAUCCCAAAGAGGCCUUUCUCUCAGUGUUUAUCUACAAUUAUUUCUCCUCUGUUUGCAGAGUUGAAGGAGAAGAGCCAGGCGUGUGGUGGUAACAUGGGGUCCAUAGAAGAACUGCGAGGAGCCAUCUACCUGGCAGAAGAGGCAUGCCCCGGGAUCUCGGACACCAUGGUGGCCCAGCUUGUACAGCGGCUCCAGAGAUAUUCUCUCAGUGGUGGAGGAACUUCAUCCCACUGAAAUUCCUUUGGCAUUUGGGGUUUUGUUUUUUCUUUCUUCUUCAUCCUGCUCCUCUUAAAAAGUCAACGAGAGCCUUUGCUGACUCCGCUGAAGAGCUGCGCCGUUGAGGCUGUCCCCGCUGAGGGCUGUCCCCGCUGAGGGCUGUCCCCGCUGAGGCUGACCGUCCGGGGCCACGGAUCCUUCCUCGCUGGCCUUGGCCAGAUAGGUCUCUAGAUGGGGUGGGGGGUCAGCUUCUUCCAGCGAUCAUUUUAUUUUAUUAUUCUUGUUUUUAAUUUUAACCAUAGUGCACAUAUCAAGGAAAGUGUCUUUAAAAACAAACAAAACAA